AACCCUAACUUUUCACCCUAACUAUAUAUUGAGAUGGUUGAUGUAGUUCCAUUGUGCACAUUUACCUUCUCUUGGUUCUUCUUUCUCUCCCAACACCCCUUAAUUCAUACCAAUUCAACCAUUUCCAUGGAGAUUGAUUCCACUAGCCAAGAAAAAAGUAGUUUCACCAUGUUUUGGUGCCAACUCAAGGGGUUUCCAAGAAAGUUGAUGGACAAAACUAGCAACAUUGCUGAGAACACAAUACAAAUUGGGAAAGAUGAUCCAAGGAAAAUUUGGCAUGCAACUAAAGUGGGAUUAACUCUCGCUUUAGUGUUGUUGUUUUACUAUUCAUGGCCGCUCUAUCAUAGCUUUGAACAAUCAGCAAUAAUGGUUGUCCUCACAGUAAUGGUUGCUUUUGAGUACACUGCUGGUGCAACUAUAUCAAAGUGCUUAAACAUAGCUUUUGCUACAGCACUAGGUGGCACGUUAGGCAUUGGAGCUAAAUAUUUAGCCAAAUUUUGUGGAAAAGAAGGGGAGCCUAUAGUUCUUGGGGUUUCGGUCUUCACUCUAGGUGCUCUAGGUACAUUUACAAGGUUUUAUCCACAUAUGCAAAGAAGGUAUGAUUAUGGAUGCAUGCUCUUUGUGGCAACCUUUAGCUUGGUCACAGUCUCUGGUGACAAGUACUUGGAGUUGGUUAAGCAAAGAAUAUCAGCCGUUAUGGUCAGUGUUGCCACAGUCAUGGUUAUCUCCAUGGUUAUUCGUCCUGUGUGGGCUGGUGAAGAUCUUCAUAAACAUAUUAGUGCCAAUAUUGAAAAGCUAGCAAGCUUUUUAGAUGGUUUUGAAAGGGAAUAUUUUCACAUUUCUGAGGAUGAAGCAAGUGACAAUGAAAAGGGAUUUCUCGAAAAUGUUAAAAGUGUUCUUGGUUCUAAGGCCACUGUGGAAUCUUUGGCAAACUUUGCAUGGUGGGAGCCUGCACACGGAUUAUUCAGGUUUAAUAAUCCAGGGAAAGUGUAUUUGAAGAUUGGUAACCUUAGUAGGGAUUGUGCUUGCCAUCUUCAUGCUCUUAGUGGUCACUUAAAAUCCAAGUCUAAGGCACCAACGGAGUUCCAUAGAAGAACAGAAGAAGCAUGCAAAAGAAUGAUAAAGGAAUCUAGCAAUGCCUUAAAAGACCUUGCAUUCUCCAUCAAAACCAGGACCCAACCUUCUUCCUCAACGGCAGAACCCGACCCGUAUAUUGCAAAAUUCGUGAUCAGUGACCUUAGAACGACGCUUGUAAUUACCACAAAAACCUUCUCAGAAGCUGAGACCAUUGAUUUCAUCACAACAAUGUCGGUGGCGUGGAUACUCAUCGAUGUCAUCACAUGCGUCGACAAAAUCUCUGAGGCUGUCGAAGAGCUUUCUAUUAAGGCGCGUUUCAAGAAGGAAGAAAAGAAGAAGAAGAAGAAGGAGGAGGAGGAGGAGGAGGAGCGGGAGGAUUCCUGGUCGACCGCGGCGCUAGAAAAACCACUAACACCUCGGUCUCAACAACUCCUCCUCCACCGCGGAAUUGUGAACCCUAUCUUUGAGGGUGACAACAUUAAUAGUGGAGAUUCUGUUGUGGAGGUCGCGGUGGAGGAGGAGGAGAAUGGAGAACACGUUGUGUGUGAGAUAAAUGCAAUAGAGGAGGUGAUGAAACCAAAGGAAAAAGGAGAGCAUGUUGUAAUUGGAGUUGAUGAUGAAAGCAGAGGCGGAUCCAGGAUAUGA